AUGCCUGGUAGAGUGUCCGCUCGAGCGCCUACUGUGUCGCGAAUCUCCCACAAGGCAUCCGCCGAAACAUUGGCCUCGCGCAAAUCCACCACUUCUCCCUCAAUAGUCAUCCCAAAGGAAGGACCUACUUCUACCCUGCGCGCACAAGUUUGCAAUGUGUUCAGUGACGCGCAAAAAUCUGCAGCUGGGCACCGAAAGCUGGUCGUAGGAUUGAGGAAGAUUCAAGAGGCUUGCUGCUAUGAGCCCACGCGGCCCGGUAAGCCUGGUCGACAAGAAUUCAAUGAGGACGAGUUCAACGUGGAGAUUGCACGAUGUGUGAUUCGUCUGAUGGGCGUGAGGAGAAUUGAAGCCGUAGGUGACCGGAUCGUCCGCUUCUUGGGGUUUUUCUUGCGCCAUGCAAGUGAGAAAGAUGCUGCAUUGAUCACCGAAUCCGAGAUGAACGAAACGCAUUCAUUCCCCGAGACUGCGAGCACUCGAUUGACCUCUCAUAUCUUAUCCAUCUUGCUGCAAUUCCUUGCUUCGAAAGAGAAGACAGUUCGUUACCGCGCGACUCAGCUCGUUGCUCACAUCAUCAACUCACUGGACUCUAUUGACGACGAAUACUUUCACCUCCUGAAGAUGGGACUUCUCAAACGCAUCAGGGACAAAGAGCCGAUGAUCCGUGUCCAGGCUGUCCUAGGCCUGGGCCGGCUAGCUGGCAAUGAGGACGAAGGGGACCAGGACAACGCCGACAGCGAUGACGACGAUGCAAGUGGAUUAUUGGAGAAAUUGCUCGAGGUCCUUCAAAACGAUCCUGGCGCAGAUGUCCGCCGUUCUCUGCUGCUCAACCUACCUUUGACACCAGGAACCUUGCCGUACCUCCUAGAGCGUGCUCGAGACCUCGAUCCAGCCACCCGUAGAGCAUUAUACUCUCGCUUGCUACCUGCUCUGGGGGACUUCCGUCAUCUAUCUUUGUCUAUGAGAGAGAAACUGCUCCGCUGGGGCUUGCGUGAUCGUGAUGAGAAUGUUCGUAAAGCUACUGCUAGACUUUUUCAUGAUCGUUGGAUCGAGGACUGUGCGGGUCCGCGGCUGGCUGGUGGAGGCGGUGCGGCCGAGGAAGCAGUGACACCAAGUAUUGAAUGUGUACUAGAGCUGCUCGAGCGAAUUGACGUCCUCAACUCUGGAGUCGAAGAUGGCAUAGCCUUGGAAGCUAUGGAGAAGUUUUGGAGCGGGCGGCAUGACUACCAGGACAUCCUCAGCUUUCAAGAUCCAUUUUGGCAUCAUCUGAGCCCAGAAAGCGUUUUUCUGGCGAGGUCUUUCAAUGACUACUGUCACCAGCAGCCUGAUGGAAAAUAUGAAACCCUGGUUGAAGAAAAGAUGCCCGAAGUAACAAAGCUUGCAUUCUUCCUCCAGAGAUACACAAACAACCUGGUCGAAUGCUUACGACGGAACCACGACAGAUACAAAGGUGACGAAGAGGAAGACACCGUCGAACAAGAGUUCAUCGUGGAACAGCUACUGCACAUCGCGAAGACUUUGGACUACAGCGACGAAGUCGGUAGAAGAAAAAUGUUUGCGCUUUUAAGGGAGACUUUAGCCAUCGCGGAAUUGCCAGACGAGAUCACUAAGCUCUCUGUUGAAGUUCUCCGCGAUGUUUGCGGAAUAGAAGCCGCAGGAGAAAGAGAUUUUUGUGGUGUCGUUCUUGAGGCGAUAGCAGAGGUCCACGACGCCAUCGCUGUUGAUGAACCACUGGCCGAUAAUGAGGACGAGAGCUUCCACUCAGCGCAUUCAGAGAUCAGUGACAGCACGCCGACCAAAGCUAAAGUCAGUCGGAGUGCUGAAGAAGACAAGGUCAAGGCCAUCAAAGAGAUCAUGAUCAACAUGAAGUGCUUGCACAUAGCGCAGUGUAUGUUGCAGAAUAUUGAGGGAACCUUACAGCAGAACCUGUUCGAAGCCAUGAGGCCCCAAUCAGAGAACGAGGGCUUCUUGGCUUGGGUCUUUGCUGUCUUCUGGACAAAGUAUGUGAAAAUCCUUCAUCUGUCAUGGGAGGUACUGACUGGGAUUGGGGUGCAGACGCUUGCUGAUGAGAAUCUGAGCCUUUUCGUCCACUGCUUCACGAAAGGACACGAUGCGCUUCAAGUCACUGCAAUCCAUAUUCUCGCCGACAUCCUGACAACUCACCCAAGCCUCAUCUCGUCAGCAACCGCAGACGCCGCCUUACAAAAGUCGAUUCUUAGGAUCUUUGCUAAAGGCAUGAAAGCAGAGCAUACUCCCGAUGUACAAGCAGCCGCCACAAUCGCUCUUUGUAAAUUGAUGCUGACCUCAGUCAUACAAGACGAGGACCUGCUUAAGCAGAUCGUCAUUUGUUACUUCGAUCCCGCAACAAAAGAUAAUGCUGGGGUAAGGCAAGCUCUGAGUUACUUCCUGCCGGUAUACUGCCACAGUCGCAGAGAGAAUAUGGAAAAGAUGGCAAAUAUUGCGGGCGGUGUCAUGCAUUCGCUGGUAGAGAUGAGUGAAGAGCUUGAAGAAGGAGAGGAAAUGGUCGGGGUGAGUACGGUUGGAAAUAUGCUUGUCGACUGGACGGAUGCGCGAAAGUUGGUGGUCCAGGAUGAAGCAUCUAUCAGCUGGGACGAGGCUGGGAAGAAAGAAGUCAAAGCUGUCAAUGGAAACAUUCAUCUUAAUCUGGCGGAGAGCCUUCUAGAACGAGCAAAAAACCAUGGGUGUUCAAAAGAAGACAAGAAAGCCCUCAUCGCCAUGCUCGGCAAGCUAUUCAUUACACCAAAUUCCAAGACCGAAAUGCUUCAAAGCACGACUGAGCUUGUCGAAGAAGCUAUUGAGAAUAAGCUUGCUCAGGACGCGCCCUCUCGCAACGCCCUUAACAAAUUGCAUUCAGCCUUGAGCAAAGCUUUGGGAGAAAGUGGGAAAGUUAAUCCAAUCUCAGAGGACACGCUGGCGCCUGCAGGGGGAGACGACGGUCUGACUAUGCUAGAAGGGCAAGGGGGGGAAGAAUCUGUAGUGGGUACCGAAAAGGAUAUUGGGAUUGAAGGUAUUGAGGAUGAAGGCGUUACGGUGGCACAGGACUCAUUGUUGGAAGAGCUUCUAGACGAUGAGGAUGAUGACUCGUGA